AUGCGCGUGACGGAGAAACAUCUUCGUGAUGAAGUUUUCAAUCGUUGCAUUGAAUUUCUGGAUGUGACUCUACAUUUUAUAUUACAUAUUGAACAAAUCUAUUCGAAAGAUCUAUUCGAAAAACGAUUGAAAUACAAUCAAAUUGUCUACGAAUGUCAAGAUGUUGACGUUCAAAAUUACAUUUCAGAGUUCUUAAAUCAGAUCAAAGUCUUAUUUCGUAAACAAUUAGUUGAUCAGAUCGCUUUCGUGAUGACUACAAGGUGUGAAGAAGACAUUCUCCGUCGAUAUCUGAUUGAAUUGCAUCCUAUUCUGGAACAUUCAUCCAGUACGAUCCACACGAACGGAAGUACGCUGCUUGCAGAGCUCGAUUCGAACUUUUCAGCAUGUUUGAUUGAAUUAAUGAGGCAAACACCGAUUAGUCCACCUUCGUUAUCAACGGAAACCGAGAUCGAAGAGAACGAUCUUCAUUGGAAAUUACAAAUGCGCUUGUGUCACCAUGACAAUAACAAAUUCGAAAUCGAUGACACAUUCUAUGAACAAUUCAAGUUAACAACAAAUUCGCAGUUAUCUCUCAAACAACUCAAAUCGACCCAUGCACAAAGACUUCAUGUUCAACUGAUGUGUCAAGAGAAUAAAACUGAAAGAUAA